CGCGUGCGUGCAGUCUCUCGCUCGCGCGCUCUGGCGGGCGGGCUGAGCAGACGAGUCGAGCCCCCGCUGCCGCUGCCGCCGCCGCCGCCGCCGGAGAAGCCUCGGCGUCCGCUCGGCGUCGCCUGAUUCCCGUAACCCCUGUGCUUCCCUAUCCCCGGCCGGGCCAUGGCGGAACGUGGAGGGGCGGGCGGUGGUCCCGGAGGCGCCGGGGGCGGCAGUGGCCAGCGGGGCUCUGGGGUCGCCCAGUCUCCGCCGCAGCAGCCACCGCCGCAGCAGCUGCCGCAGCAGCCGACGCCCCCCAAGCUGGCCCAGGCCACCUCGUCGUCCUCGUCCACCUCGGCGGCGGCCGCCUCCUCCUCGUCCUCGUCCACCUCCACCUCCAUGGCCGUCGCGGUGGCCUCGGGCUCUGCGACUCCCGGCGGCCCGGGGCCAGGCCGCACCCCCGCCCCCGUGCAGAUGAACCUGUACGCCACCUGGGAGGUGGACCGGAGCUCGUCCAGCUGCGUGCCCAGGCUGUUCAGCUUGACCCUGAAGAAACUUGUCAUGCUAAAAGAAAUGGACAAAGACCUUAACUCAGUGGUCAUCGCUGUGAAGCUACAGGGUUCAAAAAGGAUUCUUCGCUCCAACGAGAUCAUCCUUCCAGCCAGUGGAUUGGUGGAAACAGAGCUCCAGUUAACCUUCUCCCUCCAGUACCCUCAUUUCCUGAAGCGAGAUGCCAACAAGCUGCAGAUCAUGUUGCAGAGGAGAAAGCGUUACAAGAACCGGACCAUCCUGGGCUAUAAGACCCUGGCCGUGGGGCUCAUCAACAUGGCAGAGGUGAUGCAGCACCCGAACGAAGGCGCCCUGGUACUCGGCCUGCACAGCAACGUGAAGGAUGUCUCCGUGCCUGUGGCAGAAAUAAAGAUCUACUCCCUGUCCAGCCAGCCCAUUGACCAUGAAGGAAUCAAAUCCAAGCUGUCUGACCGUUCUCCUGAUAUUGACAAUUAUUCUGAGGAAGAGGAGGAGAGUUUCUCAUCAGAACAGGAAGGCAGUGAUGACCCACUACACGGGCAGGACCUGUUCUAUGAAGAUGAGGAUCUUCGGAAAGUAAAGAAGACCCGGAGGAAACUAACCUCAACGUCUGCCAUCACAAGGCAACCUAACAUCAAACAGAAGUUUGUGGCCCUCCUGAAGCGGUUUAAAGUUUCAGACGAGGUGGGCUUUGGGCUGGAACACGUAUCCCGAGAACAGAUACGAGAAGUGGAAGAAGACUUGGACGAGCUGUAUGACAGUCUGGAGAUGUACAAUCCCAGCGACAGUGGUCCCGAGAUGGAGGAGACAGAGAGCAUCCUUAGCACGCCAAAGCCCAAGCUCAAGCCCUUCUUUGAGGGGAUGUCGCAGUCCAGCUCACAGACGGAGAUUGGCAGCCUCAACAGCAAGGGCAGCCUCGGCAAAGACACCACCAGCCCUAUGGAAUUGGCUGCUUUAGAAAAAGUCAAAUCUGCUUGGAUUAAAAAUCAAGAUGACAGCUUGACUGAAACAGACACUCUGGAAAUCACUGACCAGGACAUGUUUGGAGACGUGAGCGCAAGUCUGGUUGUGCCAGAGAAAGUCAAAACUCCGAUGAAGUCCAGUAAAACGGACCUCCAGGGCUCUGCCUCUCCCAGCAAAAUGGACGGGGUUCACACCCCCCGGCAGAAGAGGGGCACUCCCCUGAAGGAGCGGCAGCUCUCCAAGCCCCUGAGCGAGAGAACCAACAGCUCCGACAGCGAGCGGUCCCCAGACCUGGGCCACAGCACGCAGAUUCCAAGAAAGGUGGUAUAUGACCAACUGAAUCAGAUCCUGGUGUCGGAUGCAGCCCUCCCAGAAAACGUCAUCCUUGUGAGCACCGCUGAUUGGCAGGGCCAGUACGUGGCAGAGCUGCUCCAGGACCAGCGGAAGCCCGUCGUGUGCACGUGCUCCACGGUGGAGGUCCAGGCCGUGCUGUCCGCCCUGCUCACCCGUAUCCAGCGCUACUGCAACUGCAACUCCUCCAUGCCGAGGCCGGUGAAGGUGGCAGCGGUGGGUGGCCAGAGCUACCUGAGCUCCAUCCUCCGCUUCUUCGUCAAGUCGCUGGCCAGCAAGACCUCCGACUGGCUGGGCUACAUGCGCUUUCUCAUCAUUCCCCUCGGUUCUCACCCGGUGGCCAAGUACCUGGGCUCCGUCGACAGUAGGUAUAGCAGUAUCUUCCUUGAUUCCGGCUGGAGAGAUCUGUUCAACCGCUCAGAGCCCCCGGUGUCAGAGCACCUGGACGUGGUUGGGCGGGUGAUGCAGUACGUCAGCGGCGCGGGCGUGACGCACCAGCUGCCCGUGGCGGAAGCCAUGCUGACCUGCAGGCACAAGUUCCCUGAUGAAGACUCGUAUCAGAAGUUUAUCCCCUUCAUUGGCGUGGUGAAGGUGGGUCUGGUCGAAGACUCUCCUUCCACUACAGGCGAUGGUGAUGACUCACCCGUGGUCAGCCUUACUGUGCCCUCCACGUCGCCGCCCUCCAGCUCAGGCCUGAGCCGAGACGCCAUGGCCACCCCUCCUUCCUCCCCGUCCAUGAGCAGCGCCCUGGCCGUCGUGGGGAGCCCCAGCAGCCCGUAUGGGGACGUGAUUGGCCUCCAGGUGGACUACUGGCUGGGCCACCCUGGGGAGCGGAGGAGGGAAGGUGACAAGAGGGACGCCAGCUCCAAGAACACCCUCAAGAGCGUCUUCCGCUCGGUGCAGGUUUCCCGCCUGCCCCACGGUGGGGAGGCCCAGCUUUCCGGCACCAUGGCAAUGACCGUGGUCACCAAAGAGAAGAACAAGAAAGUUCCCACCAUCUUCCUGAGCAAGAAGCCUCGAGAAAAGGAGGUGGAUUCUAAGAGCCAGGUCAUCGAAGGCAUCAGCCGCCUCAUCUGCUCUGCCAAGCAGCAGCAGACGAUGCUGAGAGUGUCUAUCGAUGGAGUCGAGUGGAGUGACAUCAAGUUCUUCCAGCUGGCAGCCCAGUGGCCCACCCACGUCAAGCACUUUCCAGUGGGACUGUUCAGUGGCAGCAAGGCCACCUGAGGGCACCGUCUCCUGGCUACUCUCCCUCCUGGCACUGCCACCAGCCUCACCGCCUGCAGGCAGGGGGAGGCCAGCAGGCCCAGGCCCAGCGUCCCCUUUCCUGGCCCCGGGGCCUGCAUCUCCCUGGCCCGGUCCUGAAGGCCAACUGCCACCGGGGACGCUGCUCCCCACCCCCACCCCCCGCCAUGCUGGGUCCCAUCCGUGGGCAGCCCCCGCCCUCCCUCUCUCCUUUUCCUCCUCUCCCUCCGUUUCAGGCCCAAGGCAUGUUGAUUUUGCCUUUUGGCGGCCAACCCUGGUCCCUGGAACUGAGUCCUCCGGGCCUUCCUUCGCCUGACUUCCAACCUCUUUCUCCACUUGGCACCAGUUCCCUUCCCGGAAACAGGAAACCCAGGGUCCUGGCCCACAGCAGGGGCUCCAGCCUCCCCCAUCUCCCCCAGGAUCUCGUUUUCUAAAGCUCAGCUGCCAGAUGCCACUCAGCCGGCCCCCCUCUAGUGGGGCCCAGAGCCAAGGCCACUUCCCACUGCUGUGGGCUGACGGGGCACGAGCCCUCCCGCCCACUCAUCCCAGGACAGCAUUUCUGAGGCCACGCGUGGGUUUCUGGGGUGGAGAGGGCUCCAUGGUCUCGCCCGUGCAAGGGUUCACCGCGCCCAGGUCCCCUGUCGGUGCCUCGCGUGUCCCUGAGUGGUUCUUUGGUUGUCCGCCCAGCCAGUCUCUCGGUGGUUCCGUGUGACUCACCUAGGCGCUGGUCCCUGUCCUUGGGUCUCCCCCUGUUGAUGGCUCUCCUCCCCAGCCUCCUCCCCCACACCCCCAGCACACCUCCGCCUCUGCCUGCAACUCUGCACCCGGAGAGAUGGGAGGCAGCCCCAUCCAACGUGUCGUCUGUGGCCCCGGUCCCUGCGGCUCCCUGCUCCCCGUGUCCAUCCGUUUCCUUUCGCCGGUCUGUCUUCCCCUCCUCACCUGGAGCCCUGGCCUGGACAGGCCCCGUCCUCCUAGCCAAGCCUCCCUCUCUCCACGGCCUCAGGGGGCCUGAGCCUCUCAGCCCGCACCAUCGGCCUUGGCCUUCUCGGGGAGACGCGGAGCGCGUGGGUGGAGCUCCAGCUGCAGCCUUCCCAGCCCGUCAGCGCCUCCGGAGCUUUGCCGUGGCCCUCUCACCCCUUCUAGAAGUUUUUGCACAGAACUUCAUUUUGAAAAGCGUUUUUCUCAUUCUCCAUACCUCCCCUAAACUCCUCCAGCCCUUCCCCCGGCUCAGCCCUGCUGUCCAGAGCGUCCCUGGGGCUGUGCUGCUCACUCAGCCGGAGGGAGGGGCGGGGUGGGAGGGACUAAGAGGAUGUUGGAUUUUUCAUUCAAUAAACUGGUGAUUUCUUACCAACGAGCAAGCCUUAGGCUUCUGCGCCUCUCAUUGUGACACAAGAUCUGUCCAGCCUCGUCCCCACUUCACGCCGCGGCCACUUCACUCAAAAUCAACUGGGGGGACUUCCCUGGAGGUCCAGUGGUUAGGACUCCGCACUCCCACGCGGGGGCCCCGGGUUCGAUCCCUGGUCAGGGAACUGGGAUCCCGCAAGCUGCGCGGUGCAGCCAAAAAGGAAAAAAAAUCAACUGGGAACUGGCUGGAAAGAAGCAGCUUCCUAUUUGCUUGGUGAUAGAAACAGAGGCGUGAAGGUGUGUUGCCCAGUAUGAGGCAAGCCGAGGUCAGGAACAGACAUCACACCAUUCCCACUCCGAAACCCCAUUUUUCUCUGGCACCUGCCGUCCCCAGAUCCCACCUCCCAAGGCAAUGACACAUCGUCGGCAGCUUCCACUCUUCCGACUGGAGAUUAGAACUCGGCUUCUCUCCCGCUGCUAGGCUGAUGUCCUGCCACGGUUUCAGAAAGUUGGUGAAGUCUGAGGCCCAGGUGGAGGGAGUGAGCUGGGGUCCAUCAUCAGGCUCGCCUUCCUGUCCGCCCUUAACCUGAGAGGUGACGGUCAGAGCUCCUGCUUCCUGGAAGCCUGGCUCUUCACGCGCUCCAGGGACAGAGGCCUGCACGCCAGUGCCCAGAAGUGGGAGCUUGCGUGUCCCUCCGCCGCCCCCGCCACCGCCUGCAGGACACAGUCCCAGAGGAGCGGACAGCCAGGUGGGGCAGGCUGUCCCUGGCUCCCCAAGUCCUGUGGCCAGGUCACCUAACAGCGGGAGGCUCUGGGACCCAGCAGUGCGGCUACCCAGGCUCUCUGGGCCUGGAAAACGGAACCAGUGCCCGUCUUCCAAGGGUCAGAGUCUAGUCAGGUACCGGAAGUUGUCCCAGAAACGCAGUCUGCACGCGUUACUUCCGGAUGAGGGGUACAAGCCGGCCAGUGAGAGGAAAUGCCAGGAGAGAGCGAGGCUGAGGUGGGCUAGAUGGGGUACAGAGCCAAGGCGCCCACGGAGGCUCCGGCAGGGCAGGGGCCUGGGGACCUGGGCGCUGGUGGGGGGCCCGAGCGGGACGGGCGUGGGACAGGUGGACUCAGGUCCCAGCUCAGAACCGAGAGGGGAAGCAGACGACGGAGAGACGAGCGUGAGGAGGCGGCGUGAACUCCCUGCCGACUUGACUCCAGCCUCGGCCUCCUGCCCGUGGAGACCAGCACCCUCCCCUGCCCCUGCCCUGGCCCAGGGUCCCUCCCACCUUCUCCAGGGCUUCCUCCUGCUGCGCGCCCUCUCCUGCAUCAUCCGUUCCCCCACUCCACCAGGUGGUUCACGUCCACGUGCAGACGCGGUAGUAGCUCCCUGGUUCUAAAUCCCCUCUGGCUGCCACACCACGUCUCUGCUCCCCUUACAGCGAAAGUCUUCAAAAGGGGGUGUUGCAAUGUAAAUAGAAGUGAGAGUUUUCUUUCUUCUGAGAGCAGGGAAAACAAAGGGAACAGCAAACAGGCUAGAGAAGAAACAAAACCUGGCCUGAAAGAGUUAAUCACUCCUUGGUUUACUUUAACUGUCAGUAAUUGGUAGUUAACUAGAUUUGUACUUUAUAAAGCUAACCUCACUCCCUGACACUACGUAAUUUACAUUCGGCACCUAUCACCCCUAACUCUUAUGUGACUUACAUCCCGUGCCUCUCACUCCCUAACCUUAUUACCACCCCGGCACUCACAUUCUGUACGCCCCUGGUAACAAAUCACCCCCUAUCGUUUCUGCAUUUCAGAAACAGGAUCACUGGCUGAUAAACCAGAGGCAAACGGACGCAGUUACCAGACUGCCAGACCCCAGUUACCAGGCGGCCUGAUGCCAUCUAUGACUGCUUUGAAAUAAUGCAAAGGAAAAGAAGAAUGCAAGACCUUCACUACUUUGAUCCUUAUCUUAUACCCCGGACUGCAAGCCCCACAUAUAAAAUCUUCCCUGAUUCCCAAGGAGGGAGGGCACAAUUCUUGAGGCACUAGCCUGCUGUGUCUUCCCUUCUGCCUGGCAGAAAAUAAAGCCAUCUUUCUCU